GCAUACACACAGUGUGGAGAGCAGGGGGGUGUAUAUAAGGGGUGUCUCUCAGAGAAGAGAAGUUCCUUCAUCCCUCUCUCACACACACUCCUCCAACACACUCUCUCUUUCUCUCUCCAUCUCUUUACUGAAGAUGACUGCAGGGUUGUGUAUGUGUGUUCUGCUGGUGGUCCUGUGCACUAGCUGUUCGGGACGCCCCCACUUCUCUCCCCCUCUCCAAGAGGGCAGCCCUGCCCUGCCCCCUCCCUCUGAAGGACGUCUCGAAACUAAAGCCGGCUUCCUCUCCGAGCCAUGCCUCAGACAUACUCACUCCUCUCCUUUGGUCAAUACCAACCCAUAUAUGGGAGAAGGCGGAGACUCCAGAGCCAAACUCAGUGAACUGUUGGCUAGACUCAUCUCCUCACAGAAAGGUUACAUCAGUGGGAACUCAACAGUGAACAGCAGAGCCAGCGGUCUCAGUGCUAACCACCUGAUAAAAAACCGAGACUACACCGGGUGGAUGGACUUUGGCCGCCGCAGCGCAGAAGAAAACGAGCACUCCUCGUAGAAAAGUAGUCCCCCUCUACAAGAAUAGAACAACAAGUCACUGUCUCGUCAUGAGAGUAUAUUUAUUCUGUAUUUGAUGUACACUUGUUUGUAAACACUAUAUGAUGCAAUAUACAGUAUCUACAGUGACAAGAAAAAGUAUGUGAACCCCUUGGAAUUACCUGGAUUUCUGCAUAAAUUGGUCAUCAAAUUUGAUCUGAUCUUUAAUCUAAGUCACAACAAUAGACAAACAUAGUGUGCUUCAACUAAUAACACAAAUUAAUCAAAUUUUUAUUUUCUAUAUUGAAUACAUAAUUUAAACAUUCACAGUGUAGGUUGGAAAACGUAUGUGAACCCCAAGGCUAAUGACUUCUCCUAAAGCUAAUUGGAGUCAGGGUCAGCUAACCGGGAGUCCAAUCAGUGAGACGAGAUUGGAGAUGUUGGUUAGAGCUGCCUUGCCCAAUGAGACGAGAUUGGAGAUGUUGGUUAGAGCUGCCUUGCCCUAUAAAAAACACUCACACAUGUUUUGUUUUCUAUUCACUAGAAGCAUUGCCUGAUGUGCCUCGAACAAAAGAGAUCUCAGAAGACCUAAGAUUAAGAAUUGUUGACUUGCAUAAAGCUGGAUAGGGUUAUAACGUAUCUAUAAAAGCCUUGACGUUCAUCAGUCCACGGUCAGACAAAUGGUCUAUAAAUGGAGAAAGUUCAGCACUGUUGCUAGUCUUCCUAGGAGAGGCUAUCCUGCAAAGACGACUGCAAGAGCACAGCGCAGAAUGCUCAAUGAGGUUAAGAAGAAUCCUAGAGUGUCAGCUAAAGACUUCCAGAAAUCUCUGGAACAUGCUAACAUCUCUGUUGACGAGUCUAUGAUACGUAAAACACUAAACAAGAAUGGUGUUCAUGGGAGGACACCACGGAGAAGCCACUGCUGUCCAAAAAAACAAACAUUGCUGCACAUCUGAAGUUGGCAAAAGUGCACCUGGAUGUUCCACAGCGCUACUGGCAAAAUAUUCUGUGGACAGAUGAAACUAAAGUUGAGUUGUUUGGAAGGAACACACAACACUAUGUGUGGAGAAAAAAAGGCGCAGCACACCAACAUCAAAACCUCAUCCCAACUGUAAAGUAUGGUGGAGGGAGCAUCAUGGUUUGGGACUGCUUUGCUGCCUCAGGGCCUGGACAGCUUGCAAUCAUUGACGGGAAAAUGAAUUCCCAAGUUUAUCAAUACAUUUUGCAGGAGAAUGUAAGGCUAUCUGUCCGCCAAUCGAAGCUCAACAGAAGUUGGGUGACACAACAUGACAGCGACCCAAAACACAGAAGUAACUCAACAACAGAAUGGCUUCAACAGAAGAAAAUACACGUUCUGGAGUGGCUCAGUCAGACUCUUGACCUCAACCUGAUUGAGAUGCUGUGGCAUGACCUCAAGAGAGCGGAUCACACCAGACAUCCCAAGAAUAUUGCUGAACUGAAACAGUUUUGUAAAGAGGAAUGGUCCAAAAUUCCUCCUGACCGUUGUGCAGGUCUGAUACGCAACUACAGAAAAUGUUUGGUCGAGGUUAUUGCUGCCAAAGGAGGGUCAACCAGUUAUUAAAUCCAAGGGUUCACAUACUUUUCCCACCCUGCACUGUGAAUGUUUACACGGUGUGUUCAAUAAAGACAUGAAAACGUAUAAUUGUUUCUGUGUUAAUAGUUUAAGCAGACUGUGUCUAUUGUUGUGACCUAGAUGAAGAUCAGAUCAUUUACAUUUAAGUCAUUUAGCAGACGCUCUUAUCCAGAGCGACUUACAAAUUGGAAAGUUCAUACAUAUUUAUCCUGGUCCCCCCGUGGGAAUUGAACCCUGGUCCCCCUGUGGGAAUUGAACCCACAACCCUGGCAUUGCAAGCGCCAUGCUCUACCAACUGAGCCACACGGGACCAGAUCAAAUUUUAUGAUCAAUUAAUGCAGAAAUUCAGGUAUUUCCAAAGGGUUCACAUACUUUUUCUUGCCACUGUACAUAUCCCAAAUUUAGCAGAAAGGCUAUUUAAUGUUCUAGUUUUCUGUCCUGGCUUUUUGUCUGUUUAUGGUUUUGGAGGGAAUUGUAUGGAAUAUAAAAAGGUCAGGUGUGGAUGGAAAGAGAUUUAUAGUUCUCAGUGAGACAAACCUGGAUCAAUAAAAGUUGAGAAUGUA